UCAAUCAUCAAAUUUUCUUCUCAAUUCUCAUCAUUUUUCAAAUCUCACACCCCACAACAUCAUUACCUUUGUACCUUUCUUGUUUUCAUCGAAGUGCUAACUAAAAUGCCUUCAAUGUUGCCAAAUUCCUCAAACUCAUCAAAACACAAGUAUGUUAAACUUUUUUACCAAUAUUUUGUGAACCAUUUUAUUACCCUUACACUCUUAACCAUCAUGAUUUGCAUCUUCAUAGAACUAGUACGUUUAGGCCCUUUUGAAAUACUCAAUCUCUUCAAGUCCCUUCAAUUUGAUCACAUACAAAUCCUUUGCUCUUGUUUUCUCAUAAUCUUCAUAUCCACAAUAUACUUCAUGUUAAAGCCACGCACAAUCUACCUAGUCGAUUAUGCCUGCUUCAAACCGCCGAUUACUUGUCGUGUCCCUUUCGCUACUUUCAUGGAACACUCAAGACUAAUCCUCAAGAACAACCCGAAAAGUGUCGAGUUCCAAAUGAGGAUUCUCGAACGAUCUGGUCUUGGCGAAGAAACAUGUUUGCCACCAGCAAUACAUUACAUCCCACCUAAACCAACAAUGGAAGAAGCAAGACGCGAAGCCGAGCUUGUUAUUUUCUCAUCCAUGGAUACCUUAUUUGCGAAGACCGGACUCAAACCUAAGGACAUAGACAUUCUUAUAGUCAAUUGCAGCCUCUUUUCUCCAACUCCUUCUUUGUCUGCUAUGGUAAUCAACAAAUACAAACUUAGAAGCAACAUCAAGAGCUUCAACCUCUCCGGAAUGGGAUGCAGCGCAGGUUUAAUCUCCAUCGAUUUAGCUCGCGAUCUUCUUCAGGUUUAUCCGAAUUCAAACGCAGUUGUUGUGAGCACAGAAAUCAUUACUCCAAACUAUUACCAAGGAAAAGAAAGAGCAAUGCUUUUACCAAACUGUUUAUUCAGAAUGGGUGGUGCUGCUAUUCUUUUAUCAAACAAAAAAGCAGAACACAAAAGAGCAAAAUAUAGAUUGAUGCAAGUUGUUAGAACUCACAAAGGAGGUGACGAUAAAGCUUACCGUUGCGUUUUCGAAGAAGAAGACAGAGAAGGUAAAGUUGGAAUUUCACUUCAAAAGGAUCUUAUGGCUAUAGCAGGAGAAGCAUUGAAAUCAAAUAUAACAACUAUUGGUCCUCUUGUUCUACCUGCUUCAGAACAAUUACUCUUUCUUUUCACACUCAUUGGAAAGAAAAUCUUCAACCCUAAAAUGAAGCCUUAUAUUCCUGAUUUCAAACAAGCGUUUGAGCAUUUUUGUAUUCAUGCUGGUGGACGUGCCGUGAUCGAUGAGUUACAGAAGAAUCUUCAGCUAUCUGCUGAACAUGUUGAGGCUUCAAGAAUGACGCUGCAUCGAUUCGGGAACACAUCUUCUUCAUCUUUAUGGUAUGAAUUGAACUAUAUUGAAUCAAAAGGAAGGAUGAAGAGAGGUGAUAGAGUAUGGCAAAUAGCUUUUGGAAGUGGAUUUAAAUGCAAUAGUGCUGUGUGGAAAUGUAAUAGAAGCAUUAAAACACCUGUUAAUGGACCUUGGGAAGAUUGCAUUGAUCGCUAUCCAGUUCAUAUUCCUGAGAUUGUUAAGCUCUAAAUCUACGGAAGAUUGAAAAAGAAAAACAUAUAUAUGCUGCAAAGAAAUAUAGGUUCUUUGUGAUUUGAUUACUUUGAUUUUAGCUAUCUUUUUAAACAAAAUUGAAUUCUUUGUGAUACUACUUGUUCCUAGUGUAGAAGCUGAAGGGCCUUGGAUAUUUUUCAUUCAAAUUGUCAUACAUGUUACUCAAAUUUCAUUGUAUUUUUCUUACAUGUUACUCAAAUUUCAUUGUAUUUUUCAUAUGUGAACAUUGACAAGUAAUUGGAUUUUACAUAUAGAAAACCACAAUUGUUGCUUCUGA